AUUUGAUCAGAUACGCCAUACUCAAGUAAGAAGAGUUCAAGAUGAGUGUACUAGGGUCGGGUCAAUUAGCUUAUUGUGGGAAACAAAUCACUUCCACUUUCAUUUCAUUUGGUUCAGUUUAGAUCAAUUUCAAUUAAAGUCAAUUUCUAUUCGGCUCAGUUUCGGAUCAUCCUAUUUCAGUUUCAGGUACGAGUCGGGUGCAUAUACGAACUUUUUUACCCACCCGGCACCGGAGUAAUUUCCUUGAGAUGGCUUAAAACCCCAGAAAUGGUGGAAAGGAAACCAUAAAAAAGUAAUGAAAAUGAAGGAAGAAAAAGGAGGAAGUGGGUACAUUGGGCUAUGCACAGUAGGAGGAGUAUUGAGCGCUGGAACCGCCCAUGUCGUCGUCACCCCUCUUGAUGUUCUCAAAGUCAAUAUGCAGGUGAAUCCUGUCAAGUACUAUAGCAUUUCAUCAUGUUUAACUACUUUGCUAAGAGAACAAGGGCCUUCAGUGCUUUGGAGAGGGUGGGCUACCAAAUGUAUUGGUUACGGGAUGCAAGGUGGUUGUCGGUUUGGUCUAUACGAGUACUUCAAGAAACUGUAUUCAAAUGUGCUCGCAGACAGCAACAGGAGUCUGGUUUUCUUUGCUAGUAGUGCUUCCGCUGAGGUGAUUGCCAACGUUGUGCUUUGUCCUUUUGAAGCCAUCAAGGUCCGGGUGCAAGCUCAACCUACUUUUGGCAAAGGGUUGCGUGAUGGAUUCCCCAAGCUGUAUGCAUCAGAGAGCGUCUAUGGUUUUUACAGAGGGCUUGUUCCACUUUGGGGUCGAAACCUUCCAUUCUCUAUGGUGAUGUUCUCAACAUUUGAGCAUACUGUGGAUUUUCUGUAUUCCAGUGUUCUCAAUAAGGGAAAAGAAGAUUGUUCCAAAGCUAGGCAACUCAGUGUAACAUGUAUAGCAGGAUAUACGGCUGGAGCAGUUGGUAGUCUUAUAUCAAAUCCAGCUGAUAACAUUGUCACUACGAUGUACAACAAAAAGGCCGACACCAUUAGAUUGGCUGUAAAGAAAAUUGGACUUGUAAACUUAUUCACGAGGAGCCUUUCCAUAAGGAUAAUACUAGUAGGACCAGUAGUCACCUUGCAGUGGUUCUUCUAUGAUUGCAUAAAAGUUAUGAAUGGGCUACCGACUAGUGGAGAUAUUAGCUGCAAUAGAGAAUUGGAGACAACAUUAUGAUUUCAAGCCAUUUUGAAAUUCACUGGAAGCUUUCAUUUGGCAUCAAAACACGUCAAUUGCAACUCUUGUAAGAACUAUACUUCCCACAAACCUUAACCAAACACUAUACUUCAAGUUCCUUUUUCAUUAACAUUACACCCAUUCAUUUGCUGGAUUUUGUCUACCAGGUUUGAUAUCAUAACCUUGUGAUUCUUGUCUAUGUGUUAUUGCAUAGGUUGUACUCCGUAAACAUCUAACAUGCCGUCCAGUUUUACAUUCCCGAAGUCAAACUGGACGGCAUUUUUGAUUUUGUGAUGAGAUCUAGUUAGAUGAGGUCCGAUGUGGAUUCCUGACUUGAUUGUAUUGCGUUUUUUUGUUUAUCUCAAGGGUAAAACAUAAAAACCAUGAAAGCAGUGUUUUUUUAUUCCAGGAACUUUAUGAUGCAAAAUAUUCUCAAGUUCUCAGAUGAGAUGUACUUUUGUUUGUAAUCUACUAUCAAAGAAGCUUCCACUUGAGAGCUCCAUUCAAGCCACCACAUUGUAUAAAGCCACUUUUUAUAAGCUUUGUCUUACCAAAAAUAAUUUCUUUAAAAUAAAUUAAGUACCAAUAAUAAUUCCCCCAAAUAAAUAAAGUACAAAAAAGACAAAAAAAGAUACUUGAGGGGGAUGGCCAGGGAGCAAUAUUUCUGUCAUUAUUAGUGCACUCCCUAUCAAUUUAGACAAUCCCACACAUGUUGGGCAUCCCCGCAUGUUUCCUCUUUUCUUAUUUUGUUUUAAGUUUAAUUACAACCGUCAAAUGGAUAUUUCAUUGGACAAUGACACUAUUAAUCAUGUAUAUAUUUGUUAUUUUUCCGUCUCUAAAUAAAAGGGCAUAUUUAUAUUAUAUUUUCUCGGAAUAAUAAUAUUCAUAAUCUAAAUUUUGU